AUGAGAAUCACGCAAUGGGCCCUCUCCCUCCUCACCCUCGUCGCCACCGCAUCCUCCACCAACCUCCCCCAGGUCCGCCGCCAUGCCCCCGACUGGGACCUCGCCAAGCCCAUGAACGGCCUCAGCUUUGAGCGGGCCAAGGCCCUCCAGGCGCCCAGCGAGGAUCGCCCGACGAUGCGCUUUUCGCGGCUCAGGGGCAUCAAGGGCCGCCCCGGCCAGCAGCGCUCCGUCGUCUCCGCCCUCAGCCGCGUCCGCAGCAACAGCAUCUCCUCCUCCUCCUCCUCCUCCUCCUCAUCCCCUGGCGGUAGCUUCAGGCAGUCGUUCCAAAACGUCACGGCCGUCACCGACGCCUCGACGCAGUACGCCAUCCAGUGCGGCUGGGACGGCGUCCCCUUCUGGAUCAACCCGGCCGACCUCGUCUACAGGGACCUGGUCGACCCGCUGACGGGCUACUGCGCCGUCGGCGUCGCCAGCGGCGGGCCCGGCCCGUACAUCCUCGGCGACGUCUUUCUGCAGAACGUCGUGGCCGUGUUUGACGUGGGAGCGGCGGAGAUGCGGUUCUACGGGCGGAAGUGA